GUCACACCACGUACCUCGGCAGUCCUAGAACUGCCUGCCACAUCAGUUUUUCAAAACUUUGUGUACUGUUUUUUUUGAGUAAUACAAUGGCAUAGUAAAUUCAGAGUGAAUUGUGAUAGAAACACCGAAAGCAGAAGCUCGUGUCGGCACGCUUCCUUGUAGAAGUGGCUCCGGGUAAGCCCUCACAGCUCCCCAAACCGCCGCAGCAUCCGAAAACGAAUCUCGAAUCAAGUGGAACGAAUGCGAAGACACAUAUACCAUAUACCACUUGUAGAUCGAACACAAAGGGAAAACGAAGAGUCGCAGAUUACAUCUGUGAAGCGUCACUCGGGAAAGAGGCGUUAACGGACUCGAAAUGGCUCAAACCAGCGGCAACCUAUCCGGCAACAUGCAACCACCACCGCCAGCGGGAGGCAGGUUCUCCGUGGACUUUCAAAGCUUGACCAGCCUGUCGAACCUGCCAACGCCUAUGCAGGUAUUCCAAAUGGUGCGCAACUCGCUGCGACCCUGGACCGUCUUCUUCAACAUUAACAACUUUAAGUCGGCAGUUAGCAUGCAGCGCCUGAACAACCGGGUUGUCAGGAAUCUUUCCUACUUCCAGGCAAACUACGUGUUCAUCUUCUUCGUCCUGAUGAUCUACUGCCUCAUCACGGCGCCCUGCAUCCUGCUGGUCAUCGUGGCCGCCGCCCUUGGAUGCCACAAGCUGCGCAUGCGCAACAGCAACAUCACCGUCGUCGGCCACCAAUUGACGCCAAACCAGCAGAUUAUCGCUCUCAAUCUAGCCACAGCACCCGUGCUCUUUCUGGUGGGUGCGGGCUCAGUUCUUUUUUGGACGCUGGGCGCCUCCUGCUUCGUUAUCGCCUUGCACGCGAUCUUCUACAACAUCGAUGCUAUCGUGACGGAGGAGAACGAGGGUUUCCUCGCCCAGGUUGUCUGACCGUCAGCCAGAAGUUUUUUUCUUCUGGUAUCUGGACAACUCCAUGCGAGGUCGACGGGCAGAUAUGUUCGCCACUAUGGGGCCUUAUUAGUCGAUACAAUCAACUUGCAAUAUCCAAAUAUUUAUAAAAACUUCUAGUUAAGUUUAAGCCGCAGACAUUAAAUAAACAAAGUACACAAACUA